CGGAGUGAGUCAGACUAGAAAGCUGAUUUUGCUGAAAACUAAGGAAAAAAAAUAAUAGUAAGAAAGAAAAUCAGUGAAAGUUUGCACCACUCCUUUGCUGGCAGCCCUAAGAUUAACUUGAGCCAGCUGUGACCCCACGAGUUCAGACUUUGAGUUUCAGCUCUGGCUAUUUUCCAGCUGAAAGGCCUUGUCAUAACAAGAUCUUCCUGAGAGAUAACCAGCUGGAUACAGGACAACAAAAGACGUAAUCAGACUCCGCUGACCUGUUUAACCCUGAUUGUGAAGGAUGAAAAGCAGCAGCUGCUUUCUGUGGAACAGCACUUCUGGUGGCACCUGCUUCUUUCCUUUGGGAUGAUAUUGGCAUAAAGACAUCAAGGUAUUGAACUCAUAAUGUUGUGAGUUUAUACAUGCCAGACUGUGUGCCACCACUUUUGAAGCAGCUUUGGUAAUGCACUGCUAUCAUGGCUGAACAAAGGCAACGUGCUUUGUCAACAUCAGGUGAAGCAUUAUACGAAAUCCUGGCACUAGAGAAGGGAGCAACACAUGAUGAAAUUAAGAAGUCCUACAGAAAACUAGCUCUGAAAUAUCAUCCUGACAAGAAUCCAGACAAUCCAGAGGCUGCAGAAAAAUUUAAAGAGAUCAACAAUGCUCAUGCAACCCUGACUGAUGUGUCCAAGCGAAACAUAUAUGACAAGUAUGGAUCAUUAGGGCUCUAUGUGGCAGAACAAUUUGGUGAGGAAAAUGUUAACACCUACUUCAUGCUCUCCAGCUGGUGGGCAAAGGGCCUGUUUGCGGUCUGUGGUUUGCUGACUGGCUGCUACCUCUGCUGCUGCCUCUGCUGCUGCUUCAACUGCUGCUGUGGAAAGUGCAAACCGAAGGCACCCGAGGGGGAACAGCAGGAGUUCUGUGUGUCUCCAGAAGAUUUGGAAGAGCAAAUUAAGAACGACAUGGAAAGAGAUGGAGAAACUCCUAUUACGCUUCAGCCGACUAACGUCACUGAGAAGACACAACUGAUUGGGGACAGCCAUCGGAGCUAUCGCACAGAGUCCUAGGGCACGCCAGGGACCUGCUGGGCUUCUCACUGAGUCUCACAGUGAGAAAAACGCCUGAUAAGUUCUGCAGCCUGUGUUCAUAGCAGUCUUUAAGCUAAUAAAAAGUAACCUGAGAGUGAUUUCCUACCAAGGCAGAAUGUCGCUCUAUGCUACUUCCAAUAGGUUGAUACCUGCACUGUGUAGGGAGAUACCCAUGGCCUGCACAGAGCAUGCUGGUCUCUCAAAUCUUCAAAUUGUCUUUCCCUCUAAUAGUGUUCCCUUUGAUACAACUGGUAUUCUCCCUGCAUGCAUCUGUAGUUUCACCUCCCAGACACAUUCUUGAGUCCCUUUAUGGACACACUGGCUGUCUCUCCCUGCCCCAGGAACUUUCCUUGCAUGCAGCAGUUUUGCUGGAUGGGAAACACUCCUGUCAGGGACCCCCAGAAGUGCUCUUUAGCAGGUCUCAGAGAGAAAGUAGUAAGCAAGACAGACGGGGCUCUCCUUCCCAGAGAAGAAGUGCUCUUUGGAGGGCAGCUAGUGGCUUGCUGGGACCCAGCUCUGGCAAUUAUAAAUCCUGAGCCAAGACAAAGUACUGGGAGAUUUUUCUGAUGGUUGUUACAGUGCAGGUCACUCCAAAUCCAGGAGUCUCAUCCAGAAGCACACAUAGGCUCUGUUGUCUUCUCCAGCAAAUGCUGCAAAUCCGUGAGACAAACCCAGGGCUGUCCCCGAGCCUCUCUCCUCCUCCCACAGGUCUGUGGCAAAGCUCCUCCUUUUGGUUCCCAGCCAACAGCUUUCUGCCAGCUGGCUUACUGUACCGUGCCCUUGGCUUGUGGCCCUACUGCCCUGCUGGCACUGGGCUGGGAGCCAUCACACCAGCACAGGUACUGGGGCUGUGGGAGCAGCAAGGACUUGGCAGGGAAAGCAUGCAGCAAAGGAGUGACCGUCCUCCUCAGCAGCUCAUUGGGAAGAGAAAAGAGUGUGCUGUUACAAACCAGUGAGAAAGACCACAGAUGACCACAACCCCCUUCCUUCCCUCCACAAACUGAAGUCAGCUCCCUCAUCACAUCUGGCUUCUCCUUUCACUUUGAGAGAUGAAUAGGUAGAGAGUUUUGUAGAAGAGCACUCAGUCCUUCGGGCCAGUUUCACCCAUCCCAGGGCUGGGAAGGCAGUAAGACGGGACAACUGUGUGGUAGCUGACACCUAUGAUAGACAGACCCCGUAAGGACACAGAAUUUUCAACUAAGGAAGAGCAUCAAUACAUGCUAAUCUUGGAAUGAAUUGGGUAGGAAGGGCCCUUAAAUAUAAUUCAGUUCCAACCCCCAGCCAUGGGCAGGGAUGUGUCCUGUCCAGCCUGGACUUGAACACGUCAGUUGGCUGGAUAAGAAAAUGUGUUCCUCUUGUGGCAGUGUAUACAGAUACACUGUAAAAACAGUGUCUAGACAUUUGGAAGAGAGAAGAGGAGACUUGGAAAAAUGACCUUCAGAAUUUCAACAUCCUAAUUAACUGCGAUGAGACAAAGGGAUCUAGCCGGUAUCCUCCUGCACUGACUUGCUUUGUGGCACGUUGGAGUAUGAACACACAUCUCGUUUUCCUUUAGAAAUUCAGGAGGUGUUGGCAGUCCUGCAUUAGGCCCGGCAUUCUCUGCACCCGCAGGAUCAGUCGCUCCUGAGAGUGAGAUACAGCGCACAGGCUCGGUUUGCGAUGCGGCCGGAACACGUCUAGAAAAGCAAUCGUAUCUGCAAAAGGCUAAAGAGACAGUUGCUUAAAAGCAUCUUUGCAUAGAAGGAAGAAAAACAGAAAAAAAGUUUUACGUCUCCUUCGAGCCGGAAUCGAACCAGCGACCUAAGGAUUCCCGUGGGGCGCAACCGCUACAGUCCUCCGCUCUACCAGCUGAGCUAUCGAAGGGACCUGCGAGUCACGUCGCCGCCAUGCACCAAGACCAUGGCCGGCCCGCCCCGCGCAUGCGCAGCACGCAGUGCCUUCGGGCGGGCCCUACGGCCGGUCACGGGGCAGGGCGGGAACGCCGGGAGCGCCCUCUGCCGGAAGGGCGGGGCGGGAUCCGGGCCGUGGGGGAUACCCGGGGGUGUCGGGGGACGCGCCGCGCCCUCGGUUUUGGCUAUACAGGACAACGGGGGAAGCUUGCAUACAUGCGGGGCCAGUGGCGCAAUGGAUAACGCGUCUGACUACGGAUCAGAAGAUUGUGCUACGUGGGGUGCAGAGAAACAUGCUUGGCAGCAGCUCCUGGCUUGGAGAGAGUAGACGUGUCUGAAAGUGUCCAAAUCUGUCUACAUAGCAAGGGGAGAAUGGAAGUGAAGUUUUCUCCUUCAACAGAACCCCGGGCUUUGGAAUUAUCAGAAGCAUCAGAAUAAGGCCGGAUACUGCUCCAGCUUGUCAUUUCUUACCUAAGGAUUAUCUGAAGUAAGAGUUUCUGCACACAUACAACAGGAUAAAGAUGAAGGGAGCUGACCCCACAGAAUUAUAAAAAGAGCAACACAAGUGACAUGAGGAAGCAAAAUUUGCAAUAAGCAGAUCCAUCUGAGGCUCUGUCUUUACCUCUCCUUGUUUGCAGGCUCCAUUAGCAGUGCAGCUCUAAAUGCUGUGACAAUGGAAAUGCACAGCAGCUCUGGCACUGAUCCUAUGCUCUGUUUUGCCACCACAUCCCAGCCCUCCCUGUGCCCUGCAUAUGCCUGUUCUCUCCCGCACCUGUCUUCUCCUGAUCCAAAGGGUGCAGUGACAGGGAAUGUGAGGUCAGCACUGUUUUCCCAGCUCCUUGACCACAGUCGUGGGACAAAGGAGCACGCUCAGCUCACAGCAGCACACCUUCCCUUACAUUCAAUGCUGGAACAGCCUCCCUCAGUGCUGAUGGCUGGGGUCACAGGGGGGUCACCCUCCAGGCUGAGGACAAGCUCUGUUGGCUGCAUCAGGGGGGAGACUUUUGGAAGGAGAGGAGGACAACCAGCGACAACUCUUUGUCUUCCACCCAGAUCAUCAUAUCAGACUAUUAUGGUGCUGUCUGUUGCCAUGAACUAUUGGUUCAUAUUGCCCAAUCCUGACUGCAGAGGGUAGAACUGUGUAGUAAGAGAUGUGCAUCCUCAGUCAGCACUGGCAAAACACAAAUCUUAUUGCAAAGCUGCCCCCUCCAUGGCAAGGUCAAGGCCUUUUAGAAGACACACAAAAUCUGAGUUGUGCUAUGGUGAAAGGACUUGCUAUGCACCCUUUCUUCCCUUGCAUUCCCUAAACUCUGCCAGAAUCAGAAGGGCUGACUCUUAGGGAACAGCCUGGUGUGGGGAGGGGGUGAUGCAACACCACGUGUGUGGACAUGGGCCGGCGUGCUUGAGAUGCUUCCUGAAGUGAUAAUUCAAAAGGACAUUAAUGCAAUAAACUGCUGCUUGGUAGAAUGAACACAA